AUGUCCGACAUGAGCGAUGCAGACUUAUCCUUCCAUGAUUCUAUGAGACCGGGUUGGGGCCCUGAUGGCACUCUAGUAUACGCAGCUCCACCAAGUACUAAACCUUUUGGCCGCUCCUCUCGCCGGGCUCGUGAGAGGAACGGUAUUCUUGCUGUUCAGAAAGGUGCCAUCGUUUCUGAGAAUAGGGAUAUUCGAUUUGCUAAGUUUUCUAAUGAGGCGUCUGCAGACUUUCUCAAGAAGCAAAAGGCUAUCACAAUCAUCGAGCCUGAUGAGGAAGGCUUGCCAUAUGCCAGACUCUCUGAGGACUUCACACUUGCCAGUUUCUACGACGAUCGUGAAGUGCGAGAUCCAGCUAGCAAGCAUGAGAAACUUGUCUGGAUGCUUGCCAGCGUUCUAUGGGAUCCGCUUGAUGCCGAUCCUAAAAGAUUUCCAGGAGUCAAAAAUGUUGAGCAGCGGCUUCGUAAAGACAACUUGUCAGAUUUCUGGCACAAACUCGUCGAUAAUGCUUCUGCUCAACAUGUCGCACUUGCUAAAUCAAACGAAGAGAAAGCUAUUGCAUGCUUGUCCGGUCAUAAAGUCGCAGAUGCGUGCGGACACCUCACCAACGGCAAGAACUUCCACCUUGCAACUCUGGUUGCCCUUAUUGGCGGCCAGGAUAGCUUGAGAAAAGAUAUUCGGGAGCAGCUUAGUGAGUGGCAAAAAUCUCGAAUCUUGUCAGAGAUCAGUGAGCCAAUUAGAGCCCUCUAUGAACUCCUCGCUGGCAAUGUCUGCAUCUGCGAUGGAACGAAAGGCGUGGCAGCCGAAGACCGCAUCGAGUCAUUCGUAAUCUCAAAGCGCUUUGGCCUCGAUUGGCGACAAGCCUUUGGGCUCCGACUUUGGUACGGCAUAUCAGUUGAUGAUGACUUCUCGAUCGCCAUCGAAACCUUUGCCGGAGAGCUUGCCCAGGAUAAAGAGACUGCUCGGCCACUUGCGUGGUAUGUUGAGGAGAAAAUUCCUGCGAUAUGGGAAGACAAGAAUCGCAAUGGUCGCGAAGAUCUGCUCUGGGGCCUUCUCAAGCUCCAUACCUUCAACGAUGUACCUCUUGAAGAAGCUCUCUGUCCCGAAAACUCCCAGCUAUCUCCACUCGAUUUCCGUCUGAUGUGGCAACUUAGCCAGGCACUCAGCUCAAUGGGCGCUGUCAGUUUUCAGGACGAGUCCAAGGCUGACGAGAUCACACUGUCAUUUGCAGCCCAACUUACAAAUGAAGGGAGUUGGCUUGAUGCAAUCUUCGUACUCUUGCACCUCCUUGAUAUCGAAUCCAAAGAAAAAGCAAUCAAGGACCAGCUUGGUCGAUUUGCGGGACUCGUUGGCUCGGAAGACAGCCAAAGCUUUGUGACUUUGACACAAACUUACAAAAUCCAACCUGAGUGGGUCUGGGAAGCAAAGGCCCUGUACAUGCGGAGUGUCGAGAAGAAUCCGAGAGCAGAAGUCGAGUGUCUGGUCCAAGCUGAGUCCUUCAAUGAAGCUCAUCGUACCUUCACCAAGAACGUUGCACCUAAGGCGGUCAUUGAGCUCGAUCAUGACACACUCCGAAAACUUCUUCAAGGUUUCAAGGGCAAGGAGAACAUGAUAUCCGAGUGGCAUCUCGGUGGACAGAUUUACCUUGACUUCCUCGAACUGGCGGACUGUGAAAAGAAGUCUAGGAAGGUUGAUGGCCAGGUCCUUGAAAGACUAUUGGCUGGCCUUCCUGCUGUGGUCGAAGAAUCGCGGCGUCCUGUUUUUAUGGAACGAGUUGCGGUGGAGACAAUCAGCGCUACUGUUGCCCAGGUUGUCGUGGCUAGGAGCAAGGAGAAGGAGAAAUCUCACAUCAAUCUGUCCAAGAUCUUGCAACUACCACUCACAGAGGACAACUACCUGAAACACACCGUUGGUCUGAGCUUAGAAUUUUAUCGAAACGCAAUGGUUGCAAGAUGA